AUGUCGGUGUCGCCGUCGGUGACAGAUGGCGCAGUAUCUGUAUAUGCGAGGGGCAUUUCCGGCUUGACGUCUUUGAGUUCUCGUCCUCUCCAUCCCCCGGUGUCCCCCACUUUUAACUCUGCCGUCGGAGGCCCGCACGCCUAUCACGGGCGGUUACAUAACGUGACCUUUCACCUCUUCAGACUGCCCUCUAUGCUGCUGAGGAGUCGUCUUGACUGCCGGCCGCUGGGACCCGAAGCGGAGGUCGGCGGGGGGCUUCUGGGAGGCGCGGCAGUGUGCGCAGGAGCUCUGCGCCGUGGCGUUCCGCUCCAUGAGUGUCGCGCGGCCGCUCCUGCUGUGAGGGAGCCGGGGUUCGCGCCGCCCUCUCACCCCUCCCCUCCCCCACCCCACCCCCGGGCGCCUGGCGCUCGCUCCGGGCCGCGGGGCCUAGUGCUGCGCCGCGGGGCCGGCCCCAGCAGCCGCCAGUCCCCAGCGCCGCCGCCGCGAUGGCGCCGCUCCUGGGCCGCAAGGCCUUCCCGCUGGUGAAGCCGUUGCCCGGAGAGGAGCUGCUCUUCACCAUCCCGCA